AUGGGUAGAAUUACCAAGUGGCGGAAUGCCGCAGAUGCCGCUCCGACGAAUCCGGCGGACGGCGGACUCUCGGGAUCCUUCCGCACGCGCGAGUUUCGGCGGCAGGCGUCUUUUGUAGAGCCGUCGCGCGCCGCCGCGAAGUUGCAGCCGUUCGGCGCGCCUAGUAACGGAUCACCGGAGCAUGCCUUUGUCGCGUACAUGGCUGGGCAGCGGUCUAGCCUGGAAGACCUCGAAGGCGCCGCGUCGUUUUUCUGCGGCGCCGCGCACCACUCGCGCUCCGGCGAAGAUACUGCAGUAACGAGUAACGAUCUUGAUAAAAUCGCUUCCGGUGGGAUCGCGAGCAGAAAUGCCAUUCAGACGGCGUCUGACAAGGCGGGAGUGUUUGGGAGUUCCGCGGAAGCAGCGGUGGCCGUAGAUCCGCCAGAGGAAGUAAGCCGCGCGCUGGCGGUGCUGUCGCAGUGGCGCGCCAAGGCGCGGAGCGGACGCGGCGAGGACGGGAGACAGCAAGGCGGAGGCAAUGCCAAAUCUCCUUCGUCCGCCGGUCCAUCGGAUAAUGUUGCUUCCGCCGCUCCUGCAGGGCCCGCGGCUUCCGCUGCGUUCUCGUCAGUGUUCCCUCUCUCAUCCGCCGCUUCCCCUCCCGCCAGCCCUUCCGCCCCCGCGCACUCCGCCACCUUCCCCGUUUCCCUCGCGGGGUCCCCCGGUUCCCCCCCGUCCGACUCUUCCCCCACCCGCACUUCCUCCACCUCGUCUUCCGCCGUCCCCAUCGCCGCGCCUAUCUCGGAUGCCAGGGCGGCAGCCGCCACCGCGCUCGCCAUCAUGCCGCUCAUGUCUAGGCACGCGCACGCGCGGGGGCUGGUCGGCGCACAAGCCCCGCGCAAAACGCGCGCGGACGGCGCAGAUGGCCGGAUGUUGUCCGCUGGGGAGUCAGGCGCGCUGCCGUGCGCGCGGAGGGGAAGCGGGGAGGGGGAAAAGGCAGCCGAUCUGGCCAACCAUAGCGGCGGGAUCCAGGCGCUUAGCAGGGGCUGGGGGAGCGCGGGGGAAUGCGAUGAGGGGCAGGCGGGACGAAUCGGGAGACUUGGAGGGGUCGCGGUCGCGGUCGCGGGCGCAGGCGCGGGGAUGGUUCCCCCCCGCAGCCACGUGCAGGCGCUGCUGGAGGAUGCGCGGAGCCGGCGCGAGGCGUAUCUGCGCACCCGAAGCCGCAGCGCGUCGCUUUCCGUAUCCCCCUUAACGUUCGCCCCGCAUACAGUCACUUCCGCGCCCUGCCCUCCCCCCGCGACUGCCGCGCCCGUUCCAGUCACAUCCCGCGUGAACACGUUUUCCCGCCUAGACAUCCCCUUGUCUCCCCACGGCCUUUCGUCCACCUCCCCUUCCCCCUCGCCUUCCCCCUCCGCGUCCCUUCCCCCGCCGCUCGCGCUGUACGCUGGCGCAAACUCCCCCCCGCUCUCCCUUGCGCACAUUCAGCUGCUGUCGCAGAAGCGCGGAAGCUCUUCUGAAACGUCUGGGGGCGAAGAAGGCGGAGAGGCAGGGGAGGGGGGGGGAGCGGGAGCAGCGGGGGAAAGGGAUGUUGGACCCGCGCAAUCCCAGCACCAUAUCUCCGCCGCGGCUUGCAUCGCGGCCGCCUCUACGGGCGCAACCGGCGGAACGCUGGGCGGAGCGGAGGCGGUGCAGGCGUGGCGGAAUGGGGAAGGGCAGGCGCAGAGGCGCAGCGGCAUUCCGCCCCUGUCCCCGCGGUCUUCCGCGCCGCCAGGUACACUGGCUGGCGAUGCUGCUGCUGGCAGCAGCGCUAGCGGAGUUGGCAGCUCUCGCUUCCCGUCGAGCCGGUCAGUUGAUGCAGGCAAAUCAGGCGCUGCUGCUGGUGGUGGUGGAGCAGUGGGCUCGCGCGCGCGCAGGCUGAUGAAGGGCAGCAGCGCGCAGGAGCGCGGGCUGGCGCGCAUAGGCGAGCGGGAGGAGUCGUUGCUGUGGGGCGGUGCUGUGCCUUGUUCCGUGAGCGCUGCAGCGGUGGAGGCGGUGGGGCGGAAGGUGGCCAUGCUGGAGAUGGUGCGGGGGGCGCCGCAUGUGGUGGCCUUGCUGUGUGCGUUUGAAGACACACAGGCCAUCCACAUGGUAUUGGAGCACUGUCCCGGAGGCAGCAUCGCCGACCGCCUGGCCUCCUGCCGGGCCUUCUCCGAGCCUGACGCCGCGGCUGUGGUUCGGCAGGUGGCGGCAGGUCUGGCGGCGUGCCAUGAGAUGGGGGUGGUGCACCGGGGGGUGAGAGCGGAGGCUGUGCUGCUGCUGGGGCAGGAGGGCAGUCCUGUGGACGUGCGGCUAUCGGGCUUCCAACACGCCACCUUCUUUGAACCCGGUCACCUGCACACGGAGGCAGUGGGAGCACCGGCAUACAGGGCACCGGAGAUGAUCCAGGGGGGGUACGGCCCGCCAGCAGACGUGUGGAGCCUCGGAGUGCUGCUGCACCUGCUGCUCUCCGCCCGCCUGCCCUUCUCCGCUGCCUCCCCCGCCGCCCUCGCCUCCUCCAUCCUCAACGACCCUGCCGCCCUUCUUGCUGCACCAGCUACCAGUGGCGCGCAGCCCGAUGGGGAGUCGCUGCCCCCGCCCGGAGCUGUGCCGCCCGGUGCACUGCCAGCCGGCGUGGAGCCGCCCGGUGCAGGGCGGUCUGGAGAGGGUGUGGUAUCGGCGCCGUCGUCUGCUGCGUCCUCGCCAGGCUCAGCGGCCUCCCAAUGCUCGCCCUGUUUCAGUUGGUCCCCGUCUCCUGUCGCCACGUCAGCCGCUGCAGCAGCAGCAGAGGUAGUCGUGGGAGGGGGGCUGUGCACUGAUGGGUAUCAGGCACCAAUGGCAGGGGGAGUGACUGUGUCUGAACCAGCAGUGGAUACAGAGUCGGUAUCACAAGCCGUUCCCAGUGCGCCUGGAGCAGACACUACUGGCGUGGCAGGUGGGAGUGAUGGUGAUGAGAGUGGUGGGGAUGGUGUCAGUGGGGUGGAGGGUGGUGUUGAGGAGGGUGUGGGGCAGGUGCAGCUGUCGCACCCUGCGGUUGACCUGCUGCGCCGCAUGCUGGAGAAAGACCCUGGGAGGCGCAUAGACCUGCACCAGGUGCUCCUGCACCCCUGGAUUCAGCGCUCUUGA